CACCCAAGAGCAUCUACUGAAAGCAUAAAACAACACGGCCAUCUGUUUCGCGUGAGGAACAGGAUAUAUCGGGAAUUCGCGUCGGAUCGGGGUGGUGGCGAGAAGACGUUCCCAAUGUCAGGCGGUGAUAGUGGGGUGGGGAGCCGAGCGUCGCUAGUGACUAGGCAGUUUGGGGUCCUGUGAACUGCUCGUAGGCUCUGCUCCCUGUAAACUCUGCAACCACCAACAGCAGUCUCAAGAUCAUGGCAGUCCUCCAAGCUAGCCGUCGAGUUUAUUUGAGAAUAUACCGUAAAAUUACUUGAAUAAAAGUAGUAAUUGGAGCCCCUGACAGACGCCAAGGGUGCGAGCAAUGUUAUGCUGGGGUCCGCCUAGCAUAACUCUCCCUCCAACUACGUACUCCAUCCACCCUAGCAAUAUGGCCCCCGGCGAAUCCAGCCUGGAAGCUCAAGCUCCAAGGCGAUCCUCAAGAAUUUCAGGGCAAGCGAAAGUCGAGGCUCCUGCUCCUGCUAAAAACCCGAGAAAACCCUCCAAAGCGAGGACGAAAAGGGCAGCCGAGGAGGUUGAUAAUGACGAAAAGAACAAGAAAGCCAAAGCGAAUGAAGACGAAACGGUCAACGAUGACGAUAACGAUAUAGCAGAUCCAGCGCCCAUCGAUAUCGGCGACAUUCUGCCCUCGAUGACGCUCAAAAACGAGAAAGGCGAAGACAUUGAUACUGGUUCAAUUGCAGCAGAGAAAGGUGUCGUUCUCUUUCUUGUCCCGAAGGCUGAUACGCCUGGAUGCACGACGCAAGCAUGUGGCUUCCGUGACAUAUGGCAGGAAUUUACCUCACUCGAUUAUGAUGUUUAUGGGGUUAGUGCCGACUCCUCAACUGCCCAGGGUAAAUGGCAAACCAAGAAACAACUCCCAUACCCGCUCAUUUCUGAUCCAAAGAGGUCAUUGAUAGGCGCUCUUGGAGCAGCCGACGGUAACAGGACGAAACGUAGUCAUUUCGUCUUUGAGAAGGGUGGCAAGCUUUUGGACAAGAAGAUGCCCGUCAAGCCGGUAGACAGUCCUCGUCUUGCAUUGGAGUUUAUCAAAGGCCUGAGCGAGUAGGGCACGGAUAUGGUUGCUCGACGGAGUUACGUGGUCAAGUCGAUACCAUGAAUUCAUUUCCUCUCAUGUUACUUUCGCAAAUUUGUACACCAUUUACACAUUGCAAUCCCUAGUUAACGACACUGACACUGAGUUGGCUGGUCUUGUUCAUGGGCCGCCGAGAAGUUGACCGAGAAUCAAGCGCUGUUGUCACGUCG